GGUGUGCUCAUUUACCCACAGCUCCUCCUCUAUGAGUCAACCUGCUCUCCUUACUUAUGACCCUUCAGCAGUUUGGCUGCUAUUGCCACUUCUCUCUACUGCUUGUUUCCUCCACACAUCAGAGGCAAAAUGGCAUCCGGAAUAGCUGUCACCGACAAAGUGAAGACCCUGGUCGAGAAUAUGAAAGUGGUCAAAAGUAGUGACGAUUCAGCCCGGCGUUUGAGAAUUGCGACAUUUACCAUCCAGGAUGAACAGAUUGAUGUGGACAGGACUUUCAGCGAAUGCGACCUGGACGGACAGGAUGCCUUCCAAGUGUUCAAGAGUCUGCUGACCGACAAAAGCUGUUUCUACUUUCUGUACGACUGCCACUUCGAAACCAAGGAGGGAAUUAAAAAAGAGGAGAUGGUCUUUGGGUCGUGGGUUCCUGAAGACACUGUGGUCAAAUUAAGAAUGAAGUACGCCUCUUCAAGAAGUUCAAUAAAGAACAUAAUGAAGGGUACGAAACAUGAUCUGCAGAUGAACGACCCAUCAGAUUUCCAGAACAGGGCUGCAUUCGCCGAACUGUUGGAAAAAAAUGCACCGGCUAUUAAAGAGAUCGAGGGCAUUGCACUGUGAGAAUGAGUGUGGUCGCAACCAAACCAAAUCCUUCCCUCCGUUUCAUCACAGGAUCAAUUUAAAGGCAGUUGAGAGGCUGGUUUCAAAGUUUGAAAAGGGCUCUGUUUCUUGGAUGGUUCAAAAGGCCUGAAAGGGAAGGGUUGAGUUCUGUCAGUCAUAUUCAAAUGUCUUUUUUUUUUCAUUCAUUGCUAUACUUACAUGUCAGUUUGGGAUUCUUGGUACAUUUUUAUUUCUCAAAUUAGUAAUCUGCUAUUUUUUUUGUAGUUUAAAGCACCUGUGAGGAACUGUUGGUUUGUAUUAAAUGUGCUGCCCCAUGUGGACAAAGUUGUCUUUGCUGAUUUUGUCCUGUUGCACGUUUAGUGUGUCCUGACAAAAAGUCUCAUCCAGCUUCGUAUUAACAACUAAAAGUAUCAUCAAAAUUGGGGGGCUAUAUCAUCAGCCUGCGGUGCAUCACUGUGACUGACACCUACCCCUCGUCAGUGGUUUCACCCAUUUAAACGUAACCAUAGAAACAGUCACUCUUCUUAUUGAUGGUAUGAGAUGAUGCUUUUCAGUCAUGUAAACACUUCAGUAAUAAUUUCAUAACCAACUAAAGACUCCUCACAGGAGCUUUAAAUACAAAUGUUUGGAUCCCAACAUACUCAAAUGUGCAUCUUUUUUUCUUUUUGAUUGGUUAACCAAGACAGAAAAACUAAGGCUAUUUAUUGUUAAUAGAUCAAAAUGUUUUGGCCUGUAAGUAAUCAAUCUGUUUUUCUGAACUGUUAUACUUCAGAGGACAUCAGUAAGAAAUUGUUCAACUUUUAAAAAGUCAUAUUUCACUGAGAAUGCAGCAGUCGUUGCACUGUUUUUUCAAAAUAAACUCAUUGCAAUCAAC